CAAAAUACCCAUAACACUUGACAUAAUAUUUGUGGUGAUACUCACUGUACCGGCAGGUCAAGAGAAAAGGAAAUUGGAUUGUUACCUUAAUAAUAUUCAACCUGUACCAGGUGCAAAGACGACGGAAAGAGCUGAAAUGAUACGGAAAAAUUUUGGAAGAUUUAUUCUUGUCAUAGUGUGUGUUCAAUUCUUCGUAGGUUCUGAAGGACUUGAUAGACAAGCAUGCAAAGGACCACAAAUCAAUAAUUGUGCCACAGAUAGACUACAGUGCGAAAUUGGGGAACAUAUUGAUAUCAAGUACAGGUUUUACGUCUUUGUAAAUACAUAUCGUACAUGCAGCACCAUUAAUUGUCCUAUUCAGCCGUGGCAUGCUUGUAGUUUUGACCUUUCUAUAUGCCGAAUCUCAUUUAGUGCAGCUGACCGGUUAAAGUUAGAUGAUCAGUGUAAUGGGAAAAGGAAUUGUAAUUUGCUGUCACCCAUCUUGAACUCUACAUAUUGCAAUACAACAACCACGAGAAGUGUAUGUUUUAAUGGAUAUCAGCAGAAUGGUUAUUUAAUAAUAUACGAUUGUGAACAAGUGUCCAGUACAAUAUCAUCUGAGCAACCUUAUGUCGAAUCAACAACACCAGAGGUUAAGAAGGUAUCGGUAACAACUACCUUAUUCAGUAAUAUCCUGUUCCAUUCGUCGACUCCAGCGUUCAAAUCAACAUUAAAGAAUGACAAAGAAGCUUCAAGACGUGGCAAAGAUACCUCAGAGACGUCAAUGAUUAUUGGAAGUGUUGUAGGAAGUUUUCUACUAAUGGUACUGGUAAUUAUCAUCGUUAUCAUUAUCGUCAGACGAAAGAAGUCUGAUGUUGCUCGCAGUACAGGCGUCUCUAACCCAGGAUACGAAACACCAAGUUUGCGAAAUAACACCCGUGAAAAUUCUCAAUUCACAACCAAUGAGUAUACUCUUCUUCAUGGUGUCCAACGCAAUAACUUCCAUGGCGUGGGCGGUAAUUAUAAUCACGCCAUGUCCAAUGCUGAUGAUCACGCAAGAAUUAUAACGCAUGAUGACUUCACCCACCCGUACGAUAACAAUGACAGUAACAGGGGAGUAAGACAGGGCGGUAUAUUAGUAAAUGACGACUUUAACCAUAUUGGUAAUAAUAACCAUUCUGAUGGACAAAGGGAGAGUACUCGUAUACCUGUGCAAGAUGACGGUAACUACAACCAUAUCGGUGACAAUGAAAGCGAAAUUGUAAAUCGAAAAAAUUAUAAUCAUAUUGGUGAAAGCGGGUGCGAUAGUGGCGCGCAUUACGAACUAUAGCUACAGGCGUUGUUGAUUCAGAUAAAAAUGUCCAAUGUCAAUUGGCCCAGGAAGUCGUUCAAUAUGAGUUGGCGAAAAAUCCAGACCAUCCAAAGGGAGGUAACCCCAGCUGUAGUGUAGAUCAUUAUAAUUAUUAAAGUUUAUUGUGUUGGUAAAAGUGUCGUAUGUAAUCGGGAAGUAGUAUUAGACAUAAGAAUUCACAUUAAUUAAUUAAAUAUUUAUUCCAUUAAAAGUUUAUGUUAUUUUGCUGUUUUAGAUAAUAAUUAUGAACCUAAAAACUAUGAAAGACCUAACAUCUCUUUAUUCGGUGUUCUUAAUUCUUUUGUCUUAUCAGAUUUGUAAAUUGUAUCUUUGUUUAAUUUAAUUUUAUUUUAAUAUAAUGAUUAAAUUUAUUUGGAAAAUCAAAAAUUUCAUUUACAUUUCAUCAGAAACAUAAAACGAAAGACCAUUUCUCCAAAUUCAUCUAACCUGAAUAUUAUGACGACAGAGGAAGCUGGUUGUGGCCUAACAAACGGCUGUACCAAAUGAUAAAUGACAGUAUAUUUAGCUACACUAUAGGUUCUUUGAUGAUAUACAUUCUUCCUUGUAAUGUAAAGAUUUAUAUAAUAAUUAUUGAACUCUUUAUAUAAUUGUAAACAAUGUACUUAUAAUUUUGUUAAUUAAUAAGAUGAAUUAUGCUACAAUCGUUUCAGAUUGAUAGAACGAAGUUUAUCACCCAAUAAUACAUUCUACAGUAGAUAUCGCUUGUGUGAUAAAUUCCAUAAUGAAUUUGAUUGGUUAGUUGAAAAAGAACUACUUUUUUUUAAUUUUCAAAGAACAGUUCAAUUUUUAUUAAAAGUAUUUUCUUUUUUUUACUUUAUCGACGUAUGUUGUUAUUUUUCGAUAUCAAAAAAGACCCGUAGGAGAUUCUCUCACUAUAUAUAUACCGACCUUAGUUUAUUAAACACUGCAUUGGUUAUUUUGAUAACCGUACAUGUCGUGUAAAUAUUUUCCUCUGUGUUUUGAAUAGGUUGUUUUCAAGUAAAUUCCAUAUAAAACAUAUAUGCACAUCGUUACUCGAUGGAAACUUGAUUAUUGGUAUAGACAAGCUAAUCUUUGUCAAGGGGUACUCUAUGUUCAGUACAAUUUGUUUUCAAGGUAUACGUACUAUUAUUAUGUAAAUAAGUUUAUUUCAUAACGGUGUUUUUUGGCAUGUACCUUUAAAUGUUAUUAAUCACAGUCGAAGUAUACCUUU